AUGAUCAGCCUACAUUUCGGAGGACGUGCAUUUAAAGUUAUCAGAUGCCUUUUGCUUUCAUUGGCUGUCAUCGUCACGAUCUUUACGUUGGGUUAUCUGACGGGCAUUUAUUACUUAAUGGACAAACAGCUAUACACAACCUACCCGUACCCGUUGUCUCUGGUGUCGAUCCACGUCGACCGUUGGCAGAAGAUCAACAUGAAAAUCCUAGAAAUCGAAAUGAAAUUCGAAGAGAUCAGCACAAACUUCCGAGAACUGAAGGAACUGUAUUAUAGCGAGACAGCGAGUGAUAGUGUCAUAGACCUCCGGGCUUCUUAACCUACCGGAUAAAAACGACCUACCUAUACAAGUACCCGGGUGUAAUAACAUUUUUAUUGUGUUUAUUGUAUAGGUACUUUUCGUAAACCAAUGUAUUGAGUGUCAAACGUUACUUUUUUUCGAAUUAAAAAUAUUUUAUUAAAUACACAAAUUAUAUUGCAGAUUUAAAAUAAUAUGAAAUGGA